UCGUAAUCAUCAUAUACAAAAUUAUAACUUUAUGUUAUAUUUUGUAACCAUUUGUACAAUUUCUGUAAUAGUUUGUUCAAUUGUUCUUAACAAAAUAUUAAUUGUUUUUUCUUUUUAUAAUUGGCUAGUUUUAUUUUUAGUUUUCGUGAUCAUUAGAGACAGAAAAUUUUUUACAUCUCUCAACAAUCUAAUGACCCAUAAAUACCAGAUUGUAUAUUCAGCAUUAAUUAGGGAAUAUUGAACCUUGUUAAAUAUCCUCUUCAUAUUUCGCCAAACAUUAAAUUUGAAAACCAGAUAGUACAUAGAUUACAUUUCUUCCAUUUAUUUUAUAUUAUUUGUUAUAUAUAUGAGUUUAGUUGCAUUUACAAACUCGUCAGAAAGAUCAUUUAAUAGCGGUUUAAAGAAAGUAAGAUUCAUUUACUUUAGCGAAAGUUUCCCCCAUACAACUGCUUCGUAAUUUUUGAUCGUGUUGUUGCCGUCAUCAUUAGCCACCACGAACUGAUAAUUCAAACCAGAAAUUAUAGAAAACUUAUCGCGAACAACCGUCACAAACUUCAAUCCAUAUUUGCUCUGUUUGUUGUACUCAUAGAUCAAAAAUUAAACUAUCUCUACGACAUGCAUAUAUAUAAUUGAUCGAAGUCCAAUCGCCAAAACACACACAACAAACACUUGAAGAGAGAAAAUGACAAGACAUAAGACUACUUUAUUCAUUUUGCUAUGUAAUUAAUUUAACACUUUUGCUUUAUCAAGUCAUGGCAGAAUAAACUCAAGAGGUUUGCAGGCUUUUGUAAUAGGUUUGCCAUUUGCCAAUGAAUUUUAAAUGUGUUGCACAUUAUUGAUUUUUGAAUCUUGUUGUAAGUAAGGCAAGUUAUUAUUUAAUUUUGACUCCAAAAAAAAAGUGUGGCAAGUUAUUACUAAUCCACAAAAAUGUAGCAAGUUAAUUAUUGAAAUAUUUAAUAAUUUAUGGGAAAGUAUUCAGUUAAAUACAUCAUUAUUUGGUAUUGGUAUCUACAGUUCAAUAAUGUCAAUUUUAUGUUUGUUUUACUUGCAUGAAAUUUUUUUCAUAUAUAUCUAAAAAUUCUCAAAUUUCGUACAAUUUUUAUUAGAAUCUACAAACAUGGGUAUGAAAUUCGGAAUAAGAAGAAGACAACUAUAAUCUGGCUGUAAUUGACAGCUUUUAAUUCUGUUUUUUUUUCUUGUUUAAGUGAUUCAGUUUUGUUAAAGUGUUCAUCGUGUAGUUUGUUGCAAUGGUAACAAAAUAUUUACAACUUUCGUUACCUCUUAAGACAAGAAACUAAUUUCUAGUUACUUUAGAAAGAAAGUUAGUAAAAUAACAAAUAUCAUUGUUUUAAAAUUAGAUACAAUAAAUCUUUAUGCCCAAAAAAUAAAGUGGCAUAACAAUAUUGUCUCCCAUUUCCUACAUUAUUUAAAGUUUCAAAAUUCCUUUCGUGUUUCUCACACAACAAUCUUAAUUUCUGAUUGAUAAACUAGAGUUUUUCUUUCUUAGUUCAUUUUUUAAAACGAUAUGGGUAUGUCUAAGAAAUUAAUUAAGGUAGUUAUUAUAUAUAUGGCUCUUAUAAUGGUGGUUUUCACUCUUGCAACAAUCAAGACCAAUGCAGAAGAGGUGAUAAUAAGCUACGAAGCUUUAUUUCAAAAUCAUGCACUUGGAUGUAAUCCAAAGUAUCCUGUAACUUGUGUGAAACAAAAGGCCAAUUAAACGAUGUGAGAUUGAUCCGAGGUGCACGGCAUGGUUAUUUUAAUGUUUAUAUAUAUAAAAUAUAUCGUUCGUCGAAUGUUUAUAUCCAGUUUUAAAAUAAUAAAUGGUGUUUAACGGAUAUGUUGGAAUUGUAACAGUUGACAAAAAAAAUGUUGGAAUUUUAACAAUUAUUGUAAAGCUUCGAUACCUUUUCAAGACGUGAUCAUCUAUUCUAUUAUCUUCAGACACAUCCAUUUUACAUUUAGCAAGCUACUACGUAUUUAUACAAAUAUAGCUCUUAACCAAAACAGGUCACAAUUGUAUACAAAUAUAGCAACUUUUUUGGUUGUUGUGGCUCUUACAGCAGUAAAGACUACCAAAGCAAA